UACAGUACGCGCAUCGGCCGGUGGCGAGUUGACCUGGCGCCAUGCCGUUGCCGUCGCGAACCGGCACUGGACUACCGCGCGCGCCCGCGCGCAGGAUGCUUCUCGUUGCCACUCGCGCGAGUCAGCUCCUGGCCUGGCGGCGAGUUGGCCAUUUUUCUAUCAGCCGACGCGCGCGACGUCGACCACGCUCCGCCCAGUUACCCACCGCGUACAAACCUGCAGCUCGCCUCCCUUCCUUGGAUCACUCGCCACCUCCACGCCCCAGCCUGACGCCUCCUGCCAUCCUCAUCCCCAUUUCAACGCCUCCUCCUAUUUCUUAACUUGCCCCAGCCGGUCGGGGCGAUCCAUCCAUCCAUCGGCAAUGGACGCGGCGUUGGCGGGCGUGGCGGACGCGCCCGGGGCGGCGCCGCCGCCGUACGUCAGCCCGUCGGCGGCGUUCCCCAUCGCGAUCGUCAUCGCCAUCGGCUUCAUGGUCACCUCCGUCAUCCUCGUCAGCUACUACCUGCUCGUCGUCCGCUGCUGGCUCCGCGCCAGCGGCGCCAGCCUGCUCCCGCGCACCCGCCGCGACGAGCUCGUGGACCGCGUCUCCGCCGUCUUCUUCACCGACCACGACGCCGACCAGCUGCCCGGCGGGGUCGACCCGGACGUCGUCGCCGCGCUCCCCGUCGUCCGGUACCGCCCGGCCGGGAAGGCGCUCGAGUGCGCCGUGUGCCUCUCCGAGUUCGCGCCCGGGGAGCGGCUCAAGAUGCUGCCCGCCUGCUCCCACGCCUUCCACAUCGACUGCAUCGACACCUGGCUCCACCACAACGUCAGCUGCCCGCUCUGCCGGACCGAGGUCACCGGCCCGGCCGCGCCCCCCGCCGGCAAAGCCUGCUGCGACGACCACGACGCGUUCGCCGCCCGCAUCGACGCAGCCCCCUCGAGGAAUAUGGCCCACGCCGGGGGCUCGUGCCGGUUUCCCAAGCAGGGCGUCGCCGUGCAGGAGCCCAUCAGGCGGUCCUUGUCCAUGGACUUCUUCCCGGGCGAUCGCGGACGGAAGCCGCGGAAGGAGGCCGAGCUGCCGAGCCAUGCCGACGUGGCCGGCAGCAGCAGCAGCGUGGCCGCCACCCCGGCCGGCGUCGGCGAGACGAGCGGGCGGUUCCGGCGGCUUAUGUCGUCGUUCGGGCUCGGGCGGAGCUCGCGGAGCACGGUGCUGCCCAUCCACCUCAACCCAUGAGUCCGUCCAUGACACACACACGAACUCGAUCGGCCGGUUCGUACGUGAUCGAUGCUUUUGCUGUUGAUUAAACUCCCCGCUUGCCUGCCUGCCUAAUGUAGCCGAGGAUGGUUUGAUUACUGUUUUGUGUUCAUGCAAGCAAUGUACAGCCCGUAGGAGACUGCUAGUAGUUUUUGGAUGAACUCUGCCAUUAUUCCAUUGAUUUGUUCGUGCAAUCUAGCUCGAAUUAAUGUUCA